UUGAAAUACAAAGACUCACUUCACAUCUGUACAAUCAAGAUGGAACAUAUGCAGCAACACAUGGGCUAUCCAGUCUUCUGGACAAACCAAACUCAGAGGCCGCCAGUUUUGACCCAUUCAUCUAUGUACCCACCCCUGCCACCUUUUCCAGACUUCAGGAAGAAGAGGCGCAAAGAGGGAACUUGUGUAUAUCUCUUCAUCAUUUUUCUUCUGGUUCUCCUGGCAUUAACUGGAGUGGGCAUAAGUACUUACAAAAUAAUGGAGCUGCAGAAGAAAGUUGACCAAGUCAAAGAGACUUCUGCUGAUGCUAUUUCAAUGUCGAAUCCCUCCACAGAGAAGUUAACAGGAGAACCUCAGGAAAAAAAAGUAAGCAGACAAGCUGCCCAUGUAACCGGAAAAGAAAGUCCAAAUUUGCCUUUAAUCUGGGAGGACAGUAAAGGACGGGCUUUUACUAACGGCAUUCAGUACAGGAACAGAGGAUUAGUGGUGAAUGAAACUGGCCUACACUUUCUAUAUUCCUCCAUCUACUUUAGAAGUACAAAUUGCCCAAAAGAUCCAAUGGAACUGACACAUGUUGUCUACAAAAAGCCAUCCCGAUAUCCAGGUGUGAUGAAACUCAUGGAAAGUACGGAACAGCAUAACUGCAAGCCACUUAAUACUUGGGCAAGGCACAGUUACCUUGGAGCAGUAUUUAACCUCACUCGUGAUGAUGUCUUAUAUGUCAAUGUUUCUGAUGUCGCACUAGUCAGUAAUGACGAAACAAAAUCGUUUUUUGGCCUUUACAAACUAUGA